AUGAUGUUCAAGAAGGAAGACAAUACGUAUUUAAACUACACGGAGAUGGUCGUACAACUUCCAAUGUUUACAAAAAACUGUCUGAUCAAAGAAAACUUCAGUUUUGUGUUGACCAUAUUUUUCACCCAUCUCCUGUGUUUGCUUGUAUUGGCCGUGUUUUUCCAUUACCGCUGGAAGUUGAGGUACCUCUACUUUAUUGGUCAACGGCGGCUGCACAUCGGUGGACGUUUGGUCAACUACAACCCACAGGUUGAUGUCUUCAUCACUUAUGAUGAGGGUGAACCAAGAAUCCGGCAGAUUGUAAGAAAUAUGAUCCUCCCAUUCCUUAGAGAGAAGAACAUCUCUUAUAUUUUAGGAGAAGUGGACUUUCCAGGUGGGGACAUGGUGUCACACAUCAGUGGAGCUAUAACUGGCACAAGAAAAACGCUGUUCUUGUUGUCUGAAGAUCUUUUCUUGGAUCACUACCGAGAGUAUGAGAUGAACCUGGCCAUCAUGCGAGAGUUCAGUGUGCGAGGAAUAAAAGAUGCCGUUUCUAAUAAUAAAUCGAAAUCUAAGCUAACAUGGAACUAUCACGAUGCAGAAGUAAAGUAUACUUGUCCAGAACAAUGCCGUUGCUAUCUCGGUGAUGAAGAUCUAAAAUUUGAUUGCUACUGUUUUCCUAAUUGUCCGCACUUGCCAUCUAAUACCUUGGAGUUACGUUUAAGGGAUAAUGAUAGAGUAACUGUUAAGUGUGACGCUUUCGAAAACUUAAAUAAUCUGGAAUCCUUGUAUCUCUCCGACUUUACUGGCUUCGAAACGCGUGAGAAAUAUUUCCAGGUUCAGCGUUUUUCAUUACGGAGCCUGGUGCUAGAAGAAAAUAUAAUUGCAGAGCUUCCUGAUAAUCUGUUUACGAACCUACAAAACUUAGCAUAUCUGCAGCUAAGUUAUAAUCAUCUGAAACGCUUGCAAGAUGGCGUUUUCGAAGGUUUGGCCAAUUUAAAAGAAUUAAGAAUAGAAGAAAAUAAAUGUGUAAACAUUUCUAACAAAUCUUUCACUGGACUUAAUUCGCUCACUAAUUUCAAGUUUGAUUAUUUUCUUCUACCUGAAGUCCAGCUUAAGGAAAACAUUUCAGGAAUUAAUGCAACGACCAGUCAAACAGGAGAACUUCCAGUUCAUCUGUUUACGAACCUACAAAACUUAACAUAUCUGCAAUUACGUUUUAAUGAUCUGACACCCUCGCAUGAUGGCACUUUCGCAGGCUGCCCACUCUCAAGCUUCACCAACACAUCUUUUGUGAUGGGAUCAACGUUGUCAGGGCUGAACCUUGAUGAAACACAACUAACUUUAGAACAAAUUUUUGACUCAUUCCAACAGUUCAAAAACGUGCAGGAGUUUUCGAUAGAAAAAGUGACUCAGGAAUCAUCUUACACGGUUUCUUUAGAAGAUGUUUUGGAAUUAUUUAUGGAAACUCAAAUAAAAAAUUUAUCAAUUGCUGGAAAUAAAGUUAUGUUCGAUCAAGACACUAAAUAUUUAAGAGUCCCUCCAACGUUGAAAACACUGAUUACAGAUGCCUAUAAGUAUCUUGUAAAUAACUUCGUUAAUGCCCUGAGAUAUUCGCCAGAAAACUCGCUCACAAGAUUACAUUUUAAAAGACUACCCUGGAAACAGAAUGUUGUAUUAUUACAACAGAACAAGACUAAAGAAAACCAAGUUUAUUCUAAGUUUAAUGGAUUAUCUAAUUUGAAAGAGUUGUACGUUUCUUACAAUAGCCUAGGUUCUAACACAUUUGAAGGGAUGAAAAAUCUUCGUGUUCUAGAACUGUCAGGCUCUAGCGGUAAUAGACUAUGUGGAUCCGAUUUAGACGACGGCUGGCUAAGAACAGAUUUGGCGAAGCUCGAAGAACUAAGGAUGAAUGAUUGUAAAAUAGAUUUUAUAUCAAGCACAUUUUAUUUUCCGAAAAAUCUUAAAAGAUUAUAUUUAAGUAAAAAUCGAUUGACGUUUUUCGAGGCAUACACACUAAGACAUUUGAACAUGACAUAUUUAGAUUUGUCAUCUAACCGUUUACCUGGUCUAUCGGAUGAAAUGCGUGAAGAGCUAAAGAGAUUAAAAUUUGAUAAUCCACAAUUUCUAGUAGAUUUAUCUAAUAAUAAGUUUCAAUUUAUCUGCACGUACGUUCAAAGUCUGCAUUUCUUGGUGACCAACACACAAUUGUUUGAGACCGUAGACGAAAUGAUGUUCAGAAAGGAAGACAAUACUUAUUUAAACUACAUGGAGAUGGUUGCACAACUUCCAAGACUGACACAAAACUGUCAGAUAAAAGAAAUCUUCAGCUUUGUGUUGACGAUAUUUUUCAUCCACCUCAUGUGUUUGCUUGUUCUGGCCGUGUUUUUCCAUUACCGCUGGAAGCUGAGGUACCUCUACUUUAUUGGUCAACGGAGGCUGCACAUCGGUGGACGUUUAGUCAACUACAACCCACAGGUUGAUGUCUUCAUUACCUAUGAUGAGGGUGAGCCUAGAAUCCGACAGAUUGUAGGAAAUAUGAUCAUACCAUUCAUGAGAGAGAAGAACAUCUCUUACAUUUUAGGAGAAGUGGACUUUCCAGGUGGGGACAUGGUGUCACACAUCAGUGGAGCUAUAACUGGCACAAGAAAAACGCUGGUCUUGUUGUCUGAAGAUCUUUUCUUGGAUCACUACCGAGAGUAUGAGAUGAACCUGGCCAUCAUGCGAGAGUUCAAUGUACGAGGUCAGGUUAUCGUUCCUGUCUUUGUUGAGAGGGUCGACUUGAAUACAUACCCACCUGAAGUAGAAACUUAUUUAAGGAAUCAGCUGUACAGGUGUCUGGUCUACAGAAAUAACCAGACUUUCUGGACACUUCUGGGUCAUGCUAUUAGAAAUGAUAAGUAG